UCCACCGGAUUUUCUUCAAUUGACAACUCCUCAAAUCCUUAAUUCAAAUCUUAAUCAUUCCCACAUCCCAAGUCCCAAAAACCCCGAAAUUAAUUCAGAUUUCUCAAGAUUUAUUAAUGGCUUCUUCAAUCAGGCCUGCAACUCGCUACAAGUCCAACAGCCUUAACAGCUCCACCAAAUCCGACCCCUCCUCCUCCGCCGAAUAUUCCAAUUCCUCUUCGCGUGGCACCACCAAUUCACGCGCCCUCGUUGCCAAGAAAUCCGAUGCCAACCACCUCAAUUUCAGCUCCAUGGUCAAGAAAUUGGUGGAGACUAAGAAGGUCAAAAAUCCGGCAUUUGUGAUUGCCUCUGAUCUCUUGGCGGAGGAUUUGAAGAAAGGAGGCAAGAAGAGCGCUGGAUUGAGUGGACUUCACAAGAAGCUGUUUAAGGGGUCGGCGAAGAAGGGAGAGGAGAGCUCGAAGAAGGCUCUCACGGAGGUUAAAAGUAAUACGAGGAGCCUGGCGAUGGUGUUGAGGAGUGAGCGGGAGCUCUUGAGUUUGAAUAAGGAGCAGGAGGAGCAGAUUGCUGAAUUCAAGAUUCUGCUUGAGGACAAAAACAGAGAGGUUGAAAAAUUGAAAGACUUGUGCUUGAAGCAAAGGGAAGAGAUAAAGUCUCUUAAAAGUGCUGUUCUCUUCCCAGAUGUUAUGAAUUCGCAAGUUCAGAACAUUUUGGAGAAGCAGGGAUCAGAGCUGAAACAGGCUAAGCAACUCAUACCAAAUCUUCAAAGACAGGUUACUUCUCUUACCGGACAGCUGCAAUCUCUUGCUGAAGAUCUUGCACAGGUGAAGGCAGACAAAUAUUCUGGAAGAGGAUUCAAUGAUAGCCCUUUCAACUCCCCAAGGACUCCAUCAUAUGAUCAAGAAGAUGCUGCAUCAAAUUUUCUGUUCAACCAAGAAUAG